GCUAACCAUUCUCGUUCGCAUAAAAAGGGAGAGCUCUCCAACCAACCAACGGCGGAAGAGGAAGACAAACAGAGAGGAGAGAGGAACUAGAUAAUAUAACAAGAGGAUCAAGAAGUUGAAGGCAUGGGUCAUCACUCCUGCUGCAACCAACAGAAGGUUAAGAGAGGCCUGUGGUCUCCUGAGGAAGAUGAGAAGCUCAUCAGAUACAUCACCACCCAUGGCUAUGGCUGCUGGAGUGAAGUCCCAGAGAAAGCAGGGCUACAAAGAUGUGGGAAGAGUUGCCGCUUGAGAUGGAUCAAUUACUUGAGGCCCGACAUUAGACGAGGAAGGUUUACACCAGAGGAGGAGAAGUUAAUUAUCAGCCUCCAUGGCAUUGUUGGAAAUAGGUGGGCUCACAUAGCAAGUCACUUACCAGGACGAACAGACAAUGAGAUCAAAAACUAUUGGAAUUCAUGGAUUAAAAAGAAGAUAAGAAAGCCUAGCACGCCUCCAUCAACAAGCCCGCCAAGCAUAGAGCUAGUCCAACCAGGGUUCAACUCUGUCGAUCAACUCGAUGCCAUCAUCAACCAAAGUCUAUCCACAAAGCCAGCUCCUGAUAACAUAUUUUCCACGCAUUGUCCUAUGUUCAUGUUCGACACGAGCGCCGGCGAUAGUCGCCCGGGCUGCAGUGCAAGAGAGGAGCUCGUCCAAGAUGUUGCAACUCUAAAUUCCGACAUAUGGAACCCUCAGAAUCAAGACCAAGCAGUACUGCCUCCUCUCCUCAAUUUCUCGAGCGGCAUGGACUCAACCUAUUUGCCAUCCUUGGUCGAUGGCAUGGGAAACAUGGUGCCCAUGGAGGCACAACCAUGUUGUGUGGGAGAUGAUGGGGACACAAGUGGGGAGUGCUUUGAGAAGCAAGAGCUGAAUGAAUGGAUGGACUCACAACAGUACUCCAGCCUUCUUAUUUGGGACCAGGUGCAAGGAUCCCUUGGUGGAGAAGGCCUCCCAACAGCUACAACCAGAACGGACAGCAUGGCUACUUCAUUCCCUUCAACUUUAUAAGGGAUUAAAUGAGGUGGAUAUCCUCUCUCUUUCUAACUCUCCCCAUCUCUAUCUAUAAUAAGGGUCUUCGACAUGUGGAGGUUAUUUAUUGGUUUGGUGUUCUUCUUUUCUUUGAAGUGAGGAGUUGUGAAGUUUCAUGAAGGGAUUGAGAUUGCAUGAGUGCAAUGUUCUGAAAUAUAAUAGAAGAUAACGAAAAAAGUCAACAAGGAAGUAGUUGUGAGUGAUAGCUUGUUCCAUGGGUCUUCUUUGGCUAUUUGUCAUGCUUCUGUCAAAUUGUAAAGGCUCCACUUUCUCA